CAUUUACAGCAAUUUUACUAUUUGAUGCGUUAUUUUUCUGAAUGAGAUUUGUGUCCUUCCAUUUGGUAUAACAGAAAGUAAAAUUUAAUAUAGAUUAGUUGAUUCUGUAUAACAGAAAGUAAAAUUUAAUAUAGAUUAAUUGAUUCUUAUGGUUAUUCUACUGCCAAAAAUGUGAGAAUUUUUCAACUGCAAAUAUGAGUAUCUUAAUCAGUAGGAGAAAUUGGUGCAGUCGAGCCAAGGUCCUCUGGAAACAGCCUCUCUACUUCGACGAGGUAGUGGUAAGGUCUGUGUACACUUUACCCUUCCAUAGACCUCACUUGUGAGGUUUCACUUGGGAUGUGUUGUUAGGGAGUAGGAGAAAUUGGUGAACUCGAGCGAGCCGAAGGUCCUCUGGAAACAGUAGUGGAAGUAGGAGAACUUGGUGUACUCGAGCGAGCCGAAGGUUGGAAACAUUAGUGGAAGUAGGAGAACUUGGUGUACUCGAGCAAGCCGAAGGUCCUCUGGAAACAGCCUCUCUACUUCGACAAGGUAGUGGAAAGGUUUGUGUACACUUUACCCUUCCAUAGACCACACUUGUGGGAUUUCACGGGUAUGUGUUGUUGUUGUUGUUGUUGUUAGGAUGGGAGAAACAUUCAAAAUUGGCUCCUAGAUAUGCAACUGGCUGAAGAGGGAUCAAGAUCAUGUUAAUUUUGGCAUCAGAGUAAUAAAGAUAUUGUUUCAUGAUCUAAAUUUAGUUUAGUAAUAUCACUUCCCUGCGCCUGUGCAUAAAUCUCUCGAAGGGGACUUGUCAAAAGUUUGGUCGAGUGCCAAGAUUAUUCUGGUGAAGUUCUCUGACACUGAAUUCAGACUCCGGUUUAGCCAUGUACAUGGAGGUGAGAGUUGGUGAGAAUGGAAAUGUAGUUGGAGUGGAGGACCAAGAUGAUCUUUCAAAAAAUUCAUUCAAAGUCUCGCCGGAGAUGGAGAAGUUUCUAUGUGACAGAUUGCUGGACCAAGACCAGCCGAUUUCAGAGCGCUUCAGAGCUCUUUUCUCUCUAAGGAACCUUCGGGGAUCAGGCCCACGAAAUGCCCUUAUCAAUGCAACAAGGGACCCCUCAAAUCUCUUGGCACAUGAGGCUGCAUUUGCAUUGGGUCAAAUGCAAGAUGCUGAUGCCAUUCCUGCUCUAGAAGAAGUUCUAUUUGAUUUCUCCUUGCAUCCAAUUGUUCGGCAUGAGGCUGCAGAAGCACUUGGUGCUAUUGGCUUAGAAAGUAAUGUUUCACUUCUAGAAAGAAGUCUGGCUUCAGAUCCAGCCCAAGAGGUCCGAGAGACAUGUGAACUGGCUCUUAGUCGGAUCAAAGAGCUGAAGAAUGUAGGAACUGAUGAUGGCUCCUCAUCAAUGGCACCGUCACCCUUCCUGUCAGUGGACCCUGCUGCUCCUGCUUCUUAUUCCUCUGUUGAGAACUUGAGGAAAGUUCUUUUGAGUGAAGAAAACGGCAUGUAUGAACGCUAUGCUGCUCUUUUUGCUCUAAGAAACAAUGGAGGAGAAGAAGCUAUUUCUGCCAUUAUUCAAUCUCUAGGUUCAAAGAGUGCUCUACUAAGGCAUGAGGUUGCUUAUGUAUUGGGUCAAUUGCAGAACAAAAGGGCUUCAGAUGCCCUGUCUAUGACUCUUAAAGAUGUCAAUGAGCAUCCAAUGGUUAGACAUGAAGCAGCCGAAGCUCUUGGUUCUAUAGCAGAUGCUGAAUGUCUUGCUCUUCUUGUGGAUUUUGCCAAGGAUCCCGAGCCUAUUGUCUCACAAAGUUGUGAAGUUGCUCUUAGCAUGCUUGAGUUUGAGAAAUCAGGGAAAUCCUUUGAGUUUCUCUUCAUGCAGAUGCCUCAUGUCGAGCAGGUCUCGUAGGAAGAAUGUCUGGCUACAACACUUAAAUGCUCGUCAUAUCAGCUGGUUUCUGGAGACAUUUCAGUUGCCUGUGCAAUUAUGGUUGAUCCAGUUGUACCUCGUUUGAUACUUCAGAAUAUUUGGUUGGAUUACAUAACUAAGUUAAUCAUAAGAUCAUUUCUGGAGUACUAAAGGUCAUGUUGUGAUACUAAAUAAAUAUUAUAUCACUAAACUUGAGCAACUUUGUGGCUUCAUUAUACGUCAACCAUGAAUCAAGUAAUAAGGAAUUAGACCAAUUAAGCUGCUAA